AUGGAAUCGGCCAAUCUGCGUCGCAAAGAUACCACGAAGGGUCCGCCGUUGCGUAUUCUCUCUCUUGAUGGAGGUGGUGUUCGCGGCUACUCCAUGCUCAUCAUACUACAGGAACUCAUGUACCGUACCUACGUCGAAUGUGAAGGCAAACCCCCUCGUCGCGACCAAAUACCCAAGCCAUGUGACCAUUUCGACCUGAUCGUGGGAACCGGCACCGGUGGUUUGAUUGCGCUCAUGCUGGGACGUCUCCGCCUCGACCUCGAGACCUGCAAAGAAGUCUACGUUCGCAUGACCCGCAAAGUUUUUGAAACCGACAAGACCAUCGCUGGCAUUCCCUAUCGAUCAACAUUAUUCAAGGCGUCGAAACUGGAGGAAGCCAUCCGAGAAUGUGUACGGGAACACACCGUCUUUGAAACUGAGGGGAAUGACGUGCAAAACAAUACCAAUGCUCGAUCAUCCAUUGCGAGCCUCCCAUACAGUCCGAACUCGGUACCUCAGCGGUCCAUGAGCCGGGGAAGCUUUAGCACAUCUGCUGCCUCACAUCCUCAAGCAUCAAGCCAAAGAGGGUCAACCUUUCUCAACGGAAUGCGCUGGGGUAACCCAGAAGCCACACUCUACGAUAACCGGGAACAUCGGACCAAGACUGCUGUUACUGCGCUCUACAAGGGCACCGCGCGCAACGGGCCAGUAGUGUUUCUACGCUCCUACGACUCUCGACGAGAACCACCGCCCGAGUUUGAUUGUACAAUUUGGCAAGCCGGUCGUGCCACUGCAGCCACUGGGCUUGCUUUCAAACCUAUCCAGAUCGGGCAGCACGUCUUCAUUGAUGAAGGGCCCGGCACCUACAACCCCGCACCGCAGGUUCUUGACGAAGCGAUUGUAAAUGAGUGGCCCGGUCGAGAUGUGGGUGUUUUUGUCAGUGUGGGGACUGGGCGUCGCCCUUCUGGCACCAAUAAUCGGCAGCAUGAAUGGUGGGAAGGUUUCUUCGGCGACUCGUUGGGCACAUUCGCCGAGGCGCGACGACGGCUGAUGACGAAGAUCGAAGGCUGUGAAGAUAUUCAUCAAGAAAUGUUGCGGGACACCCUUGCCAAGCGUAAUGUCAGCAAGGAUAACUACUAUCGUCUCAACGUCGAGGUUGGGGUGGGCGAAUUCGGCAUGAAUGAGUGGAACCGCCUUGCGGAUAUCAGCACCAACACCCGACGAUACUUGGCUAAGCCCGAGGUCAAGAAGAUGAUUCUGGACGCAGGUGUCAAGUUUGCCAAGAUUGACCGCAUGAACAAGCGCUUGGCAGACCACGCGGCGGCCGGUGGUGACCGUGAUGAUAUGUCAUUUGACCUGGAGCGGGAGGAGAUUUCCAUCUCCCAACAUGCACCCAUCUUCGAGGUGCCACCGCCGAAUGCAUUUGCCGUGGAGCUACCAGCUGAGCCUGUCGAGUUGUAUCGGCCGCAGGGAUCGCCGCCCCUCCCCGCCAGCGUGACGGUGACUGCACCCCCAGAAGAUUCACUUCCACUUCGUGCUAGUCAUCAGGAUGUUUAUCCCAUUUCUCCGAUCCGUCAUUCAAGUGCCGAGAUUCCUAGCUUCUACCCAAGCCAUGGCCACGAGUACAGUCGACCAUCCUCACAAUCCUCUCCCCGUCAAAGUGGUGAUCAAAUCUUCCAUAAUGGCAUGCCACCUCCGCCAGUGCCACCAAAGACACCUAUUCCAUACCCAUCGCAGGACGAUUCAGGGGGAGUGUCGAUGCCAGCUCCGCUAUUUACUCACCCCCAGUCUCCGACCGGUAUGGUGCGUCCACCCUACCCAGUUGACGAGCCACCCCCAGUCGUGAACCGUCAACGCAAGCCAAGUUACCAUGUGCGGUAA